AUGCUUUUGCCUCCACUCAACUUUAACAAAUGGCUCGAAGAGCAUUCAGAAAAGCUACAACCACCUGUGAACAAUUACCUUUUAUACAAAGGAAACGAUACAAUUAUCAUGGUUGUAGGCGGCCCGAAUAAGAGAACAGAUUAUCACAUAAAUGAAACAGAGGUAUUGAUGCCCUUCAACCCGCCCGCACAUAUACAUACAUAUACAGGCAUACACAUAAAACAAACUUCAUGGGAUUCAAACACAAAGAUAACGAACUUGUGUAAAUUUAAACAGGAAUGGUUUUAUCAACUGAAAGGUGACCUUUUAAUCAAAGUGGUCGAAGAUGGCGAAUUUAAAGACAUAGUUGUAAAAGAAGGAAGCAUGUUUCUUCUGCCUCGAUUUACUCUUCCCUACGCGUACACAUACAAUUUAGCCAAGGUACCCCAUAAUCCUAUUCGUUACAAAGACACUAUAGGAUUGGUCGUUGAACGGGUCCGUUUGCCUCACCACAUAGAUAAGUUAAGAUGGUACUGCGAGAAAGAUGAUUGCCAUGAAAUAGUUUAUGAAGAAUCAUUCCAUUGUGUGGACCUUGGAACGCAAUUAAAACCAAUUAUCGAAAAGUUUCAUAAUGAUGAUCAGCUCAGAACAUGCAAGAAAUGUGGCCACCUCAACUCGCACAAGUAA